UAGUAACUUAAAUAAGUGCUACCAAUAUACUAUUUUCUUAAGCCGGCUCCACACGCUUGCUGUUUGUCGCAAACGCCAAACAGCGAACAGCGAAUAACAAACACCAAACACAAACAUCCAACACAAACAACUGUCCUCAAGCUUGGCGAACGGGCCAGUAUAUUUCGGAUCGUCAAACAUGGCUGACGACGAGCUUGUGGCAGCUAUUAGUUUCGGGUUGACUUAUCUUUAUUUUAAAUUCAAGCAAAAGAACAGUGAAGUGAAAAGAAGAAAACGAAGACGAUGGUGGAUGAUCAAAAUUCACAAAAAUCGUACAAGGUAACUGCAGUCUCGUACCUAGUAAUACAAAAUAGCAUUUAAUUACAGCGUGUUCAAUUUUAGGUUUUUUUUUUUUUUGUUUUAGAAAAUUUAUGGACGAAAAAUUUUGUGAGCUUCUUCAUGAACCAUCAGGAGAGUUCCAUAACUUCUGCCGUAUGAGUUUUGCAGAUUUUGAAUAUUUGCUAGACAAAAUUUCUCCUCUAAUUUCGAAGCAAGAUACGGACUUUAGAGACGCCAUACCAGCAAAAUAUCGUCUAGCGAUAACAUUAAGAUUCAUCGCAACUGGUGACAGUUACAAAAGUUUACACUAUUUAUUCAAAGUAUCAACGCAAUUAAUAUCAAAAAUAGUAAAAGAAGUCUGCAAAGCUAUUAACGAAGUUCUGAGGAAUGAAAUAAAGAUGCCACCAACAGCAGAUGCGUGGAUGACUAUAGAACGAGGAUAUCGAAGAAAAUUCCCACACUGUCUCGGUUCUAUAGAUGGGAAACAUAUUCUUAUAGAAAGUCCACCUCAUAGCGGAACUGAGUAUUUUAAUUAUAAGAAAACGUUUAGCAUCGUUCUUUUGGCAUUAGUAGAUGCCAAUUACAAAUUUAUAUUUGCAGACAUAGGAUGCCAAGGGAGAAUAAGUGAUGGAGGCGUUUUUAAUAAUUCAUUACUAUGGCAGAAAAUCAGUAAAACUGAAAUUGAUUUUCCUUCAGCAUGCCCCCUUCCUGGAUCGGAAAUUAAUGUGCCAUACGUUUUUAUAGGAGAUGGUGCUUUUGCACUGAGCAUGCAUGUUAUGAAACCCUACCCAGGACAGCAUAACGUCGGUUCACCAAAAAGAAUAUUCAAUCAAUGUUUAUCUAGAGCUCGAGUAGUAGUGGAAAACACGUUUGGAGUUUUAACUUCAAUAUUUCGAAUUUACCGUCGCCCAAUUGAUUUAGACCCGAGUACUGUUUCAGAAAUUACAAUGACUUGUGUACUUAUACAUAACUUCCUUAGAAAAAGCUCUCCAGAAAGAUAUACUCCCCCAGGAACAUUCGAUGUAAUUGAUAGCAGUGGCACAUUAAUAACACCUGGAUCUUGGCGAAAUCACGAAAGUGAAUAUAGUGCAAUUCAGAAUAUGUCAAACGUACCCCGUAGAUCACCCUUGCAAGCUAAACAGAUAAGAGAAGAAUUUACUUCAUAUUUCUGUAGGUCAAUAUAGCAUUAUUACAAUAAUCUAAAAUUAUACCAGUGUUUACUUUAAUUUGGGGAAUAAGCGUAGCAGUUACAUAGAAAAACAAUUACUAGGUUCAUAUGUUCAGGUAGCUAUGAAAGUUCGUUUUUAUUUUAUGUAGUUACUUAUGUCAUGUCAUUAAACAGAAUGUAUAAAAAAGAGCGAGUUUAAUAUACCUACUCAAGCAACGACCAUGAAUAAAUUAUCUUUUACUUACCUCCUCUGUGUUUAUAUUUUUUGUGCAGGUAUACACCGGACCCAAAAAUGACUCCAUGACCUCAUAUGCAAACCAGAUAGGCUUAUUAUAAGUAUCAUCCGCGCCUGAAACAAAAAUUGAUUUGUUCAAAUUCAAGUAAGAAUAUGUAUAUUGGAAUAGAGCAACACGCAUUGAUUCAGCGCGGUAGGUUAUAUGGGAGUUAACCUCACACACUGUCUUAGGAGGGUCGGUCAUACUACUGCAAUGGCAACAUUUUGUAAGCCUAUAUUUGUUGAUAAUAAUAGUCAAAACUUACCUGCACCAGAACGAAUGGAGUCCUGUUUUCUCUUCAAAUGUCUUCGGAACGUAGCCAUUAAUAUUUCUUUUUUAGUUUUUAAUUCCUUUAUACUUUUGUUCAUAAGAACACUAAGGCGCGUCCACGCAUCGUUCACCUUCUGCCUGUUUUUGUGAUUGGUAUCUCUAGUAUUCCAAAUGCAUUGUUCAUUUUGGUAUGCUUCCAAAAAGGAUAGAAUUGUAUCAUCAGACCAAUCAGACAUUUUUCAAAGUUUCUAGCUCCUUUACUCUGCCCGCGAAACACUGCUGUUAGCACCAACUAGACUCAUAAACGGAACGUCUGCCGCCCGCAAGCUUGUGCGCAUUACUGAUUGCUACCAAGCGUGUGGAUACAUUUAAAACUGUUUGCCGAAUAUCCUUUGAUUUCUGAAGAAAAACCGACACCGAUGUCGAACACCGGCAAACACAAGCACAAACAGGCAAACAAAAACAAACACUCAUCCACAUGUUCGUAUUUGUUGUUUGGUGUUUGCCGUUGUUUGCCAAGCGUAUGGAGCCGGCUUUAUGAAUGAGCAGAUAAAAG